CACCUUUUCUUUGCUCCUGCACCUCCCUCCCAUUAUCCCCUUUCAAUCCGUCAGUCUAGGCUAUUUCAAAAGAGCUAUCGUCACUCGAUCAACAUCUCAUACAACCCCAUCAUGCUCUCCCGCCUGCCUCGAGCUCGCCCCACGGCCGUUCGCCCGUCCCUCCGCGUCGGCCGGAUCACUGCGCCAGCAGCUACCCAUUACCAACCUCAGUCCAGUUCGGCCUAUCGCUCAUCCCCUCGGGGCUUCCAUUGCACCCCUUCAGCUCAUAAAGGCAUCUUCCCGGGCUCAUCGGACCCUCCUGCCCCAAACCCACAAUCCAACAACGUCGCGGGCAUCGCCAGCCACGUUACCGAGCCUUCACCAUUGACAGAUGGAGAGUACCAUGAAUACGCGGAACAUUAUCUCAAUGUGCUUCAGACCGAGAUAGAGAAGGUCCAAGAGGAGGGGGCAGACAUAGAGGCUGAGUAUAGUGCCGGAGUAUUGAACAUCGUCCUCCCCGGUGUAGGCACUUAUGUCUUGAACAAGCAACCACCCAACAAGCAGAUCUGGCUCAGCUCCCCCAUCUCGGGUCCUAAGCGGUACGAUUGGGUUUUGGAGGGCGACCACAUGUACGAGAAGCAGGAUACUAGGCCCUUUGUUAAUGGGCAAUGGGUUUAUCUUCGGGAUGGGUCGAAUCUGACGGAGCUGUUAAACAGCGAGUUGACCUUAAAUAUCCCGAAGGAUGUCUAUAGUGAGGAGCUGUGAAUGGUUUGCUCGGGUUACGGUGGUAUGCGAUUGAAAUACAUGAUGCGUUCUUUUACUUGAUUGGGGGGAGCAUGAUUAUUAAAAAUCAUGGUGGAUGUAGGAUAUGGAGUUUUUGAUUUAUGUAGGAGACUACCUCUGGGCCUUCAGUGGACUACACAUUUCGGCACGGAGUGCUACACCAUAUACUUGUUGUGCAGACAU